CCACCUUACCGGAGCCAUAACCGAGCUGCCUGCACUUAGGACCUGGAGGAAGCGCCUGGCGCUGGCGGACAAGAAUCAUGUGAUGCUGGUGUCCACGUCCCCCUCCGUCCCCCGUCCCGGGCCCAUUGAGCGCCCAGCGGCGAUGGGGCUGCCGGCUCUCGCCUUGCUGCUGGUGGCAGGGCUUCUGCACACGCAGGCCUCAUCCCUGGCACGCUCCUUCCAGCUGGAUUACAAGGAGGACUGCUUCCGCAAGGAUGGUGCCCCUUUCCGCUACAUCUCGGGCAGCAUCCACUAUGCCCGUGUCCCGCGCCCCGCCUGGAGGGACCGGCUCCUCAAGAUGUACAUGAGCGGGCUCAGCGCCGUGCAGGUCUACAUCCCCUGGAACUACCACGAGCCGCUGCCGGGGCUUUAUGACUUUGCUGGGGACCGGGACGUGGAAGCCUUCCUGGAUCUGACAGCCGAGCUGGGACUUCUGGUGAUCCUGCGGCCGGGGCCCUACAUCUGUGCAGAGUGGGAGAUGGGUGGCCUGCCUGCCUGGCUGCUGUGGAAACCAGACAUCGUCCUGCGCUCCUCCGACCCCGCCUACCUGUCAGCUGUGGACUCCUGGCUCCGUGUCCUGCUACCCAAGAUCAAGCCACACCUGUACCAGCAUGGGGGGAACAUCAUCAGCGUGCAGGUGGAGAAUGAAUACGGGAGCUACUAUGCCUGUGACCAUGGGUACCUGCAGCAUCUGCUGGGCUCCUUUCGGGCGCUGCUGGGGAACGAAGUUGUGCUCUUCACUACUGACAGCACGCGGGCGGAGGAGCUGCGCUGCGGCACCUUGCAGGGGCUCUAUGCCACCAUCGACUUUGGGCCAGACUCCAAUGUGACAGAGGCGUUUGGUGCCCAGCGCCAGGUCGAGCCGAAGGGACCCCUGGUGAACUCCGAGUACUACACGGGCUGGCUGGACUACUGGGGGGAGGCUCAUGCCAGCACCAGCUCGGCGCAGGUGGCCCAGGGGCUGGAGGAAAUGCUGCAGCUGGGAGCCAGUGUCAACAUGUACAUGUUCCAUGGGGGGACCAGUUUUGCCUACUGGAGCGGAGCUGACUUCAAGGACCAGUACAAACCAGUGACCACCAGCUAUGACUAUGAUGCCCCUCUCUCAGAGGCAGGAGACCCCACUGAGAAGCUGUUUGCCAUCCGCACAAUCAUCAGUAAGUUCCAGCCCCUGCCAGUCGGUCCAAUGCCACCUGCCACCCCCAAAUAUGCCUAUGGCUGGGUGGCCCUGAGGAAGUAUGCCAACCUCCUGGACGUCUUGGAUGUGCUGUGUCCCUCUGGGCCCAUCCAGAGCCAGUUCCCCCUCACCUUUGAGGCCAUAAAGCAGGCCCAUGGCUUCAUGGUGUACCACACACAGCUGCCCCGGGAUGUCCUGGACCCAGCCACACUGGAGGCUCACCCCCACAGUGUCUGUGACCGUGGCUACGUGAUGCUGCAGAAGGAGUACCAGGGGACGCUGGAGCGGGACGGGCAGAGGGAGCUGCAUGUGACGGGCAGGGCAGGGGACACCCUGGAUGUGCUCCUGGAGAACAUGGGCAGGAUCAACUUUGGAGCCAACAUCAGUGACUUCAAGGGCUUGCUGGGGAACCUCUCCUUAGACUCCAGUCCUCUCAGCAACUGGUUGAUCUAUCCCCUGGCCAUAGACACUGCCGUCCAGCAGGGCUGGCCCCACACUGCCCUGCCGAAAUCAACCAGGGGGGGCAGAGCAGGGCCAGCCUUCUACACUGGGACCUUUGAGACCCCUGGCAUCGCCUGGGACACCUUUGUGAAGUUCCCAGGUUGGAGCAAGGGCCAGCUGUGGAUAAACGGCUUCAAUCUGGGCCGGUACUGGCCCCGCCGCGGGCCGCAACAGACCCUCUUUGUGCCUGGCUCAGUCCUGCACAUUGGCCGCCCCAACAACAUCACAGUGCUGGAGCUGGAGUGGGCACCUGCCACCCCUCUCUUGCUCUUCCUCGACCGACCCCUCUUCAACAGGACCCUCAGCAGAAGCACCAAGGCCACAGAAUAAACACAGAGUG